AUGUACAUAAAAGAGUCACACGCUGGGACGGUGGUUUGGCUGACCGCAGUCCUGUCGCGGUUUGUUGACGCCAGCAAGCUAAGAAAUAAUUUGACGCGGACCAUCCGAGACACAUCUUUUCAUGGUGCUUCUUUAUGGUCACAAGAGGAACAAGUAACAAAACGAAUAGGAUUAACAUACCGCGAAAUCCAAAGCAUAUUGAGGCGGGAAGGCGGGGAGGAAGGGCUGCCCGUCGACUGCUGCCCAACAGUCGAAGAAAUAACCGAGCCUACUGGGGGAAAAAACAGGAACGAGUCGUAUGUAGAGUUGUACAGAGGUCUCGAGCAAAUACAGAGGUUUUACGAGUACUCUUGUCGACAGGAUGUCCUCGACAAGCCCUGUCGGUUUGUAGACCGCAAGCUCAGCGGUCAGUCUAGAUGUGUACAAAAGUUUUCUUAUUCUUAUGCUAUUGUCAAGAAUCCAGCUGCUGAAAUUUCAAUUAUGGAAAAUGAAAAUAUGGAACAUCAUCACCGACAUCGACAUGAAGCCCACUACUUUUCAAGUUACGGCUCCUCGUGGACGGUAGACCACAUCCGAGUACGCAGUGGAUGCAGCUGCGAAAUAAUCCCUAAGCCCAAAAAGAAACGUCCCUUAUCUUUAAAAUCUAAAAAACUAAAACACAAACCGAAAAAGAAGGAUGAUUUCAUAACAAACUCAGAUGUGUAA